AUGAUAUUGGACUAUGAAGUAGAACACCUCAUGCACAUACUGGGACAAGCCGAGGAAGUGCACUUCAUGGGAGAUUACCAGAGCUUCGUUAUCACAAAUUUAGACGCUCACACGUUAAGUUUCAGCGAGUUCCAUAAAUCGAUGGCCAACAUAACGUUGAUACGGUUAAUCAACCCGGAAAGUCAGCACGUCAGAAACGCCGUCGAGGAAAUCGUGUUCAACGAACAGAAAAGCGGACGGACCAGUGUUUUGUCGCCGAAUACGAUGAAAACAAAAACCGCGUUGAUGUACGAUGCGGUGAACUUUUUCGCAACAUCGCUCCAUGGUUUGGUGGCAACCCAAACGAUGGGGCCCAUGAGAAUCGCUUGCGACGACAUAAAACCGUGGGUGCACGGAUACAGUCUAAUCAACUACAUGCGAGUGAUGGAGGUAAAUGGAUUGACCGGAAAAAUGAGAUUCGAUGCAGAAACAGGUAACAGGAAUUACUUUAAAUUAGACGUGGUCCGAGUGCAAGAGAGCAAGAAGCAUCGUUUGGGAUCUUGGGAUCCGGAGCUGAAUAUGACGCUGACGAGAUCGGUGUCAGAAAUUAACUCAGAAUUUGCCCAGUCGAUUACGAACAAGACGUUUAUCGUCGUUGGAAAAUUAGUUCAACCAUAUCUUAUGAGAUGCAACGCCACGGAAAAAGGAAUGGACAAAGACGAAGAAUGUUUCGAAGGAUUUGCGUACGACUUGGUCGAGGAAAUGGCCAAAUACAAUGGAUUUAAAUUCAAGUUUACUACCAACCAAGAUUACGGCAUUAUGAAUCACAAGACCGGCAAGUGGAACGGUAUGAUCGGAGAGUUGCAGUCCAUGCGGGCGGACCUGGCGAUCUGCGACCUUACGAUCACUUUUGACCGGCGGAACGCGGUAGACUUCACGACGCCGUUCAUGACGCUGGGCAUAAGCAUAUUGUACGCGAAACCGGAGAAGAAGAAACCCCAGCUAUUCUGGUUCCUGAACCCGCUGUCUUUCAGCGUCUGGAUGUACACCGCGACCGCGUACCUAGGCGUGUCUUUGUUCUUGUUCAUGUUGGCCAGAAUGACACCGUUCGAAUGGGAACUCCCGCACCCGGUCAAGCCCGGAGACAACACGUUGGAGAAUUCGAUGACGCUGCUCAACUGCCUGUGGUUUUCCAUCGGUUCCGUGCUGUGUGCCGGAUGCGAAGUCCUACCCAAAAUCACACCCAACGAAUGGAACGAUCCACAGCCGUGGAAAGAAGGUAACAACGACCUUGAGACUAGGCUUAAUGUGGCUAAUCUGAUAUGGUUCAGUUGCGGCACCAUGUUGCAACAGGGUUCCGAUGUAUCACCUCAGGCGGUGUCCACGCGUUUAGUGGCAGGGAUGUGGUGGUUUUUCGCGCUGAUCAUGACCUCGUCGUACACCGCCAACCUGACAGCGUCCAUUACCAGCGGACGUCUGGACACUCCAAUCAAGAACGUCGAUGACUUGUCGAAAGACUCGAACAUCGAGUACGGCUGUUACGAAGAAGGAUCGACGGCCAGUUUUUUUCAGAAAUCGAACUUGAGUUUGUACCAGAGGAUGUGGAGCGUAAUGGAAGCGUCUAACCCAACCGUGUUCACGAAGAGCAAUCAGGAGGGCGUUGACCGGGUACUCAAGGGUAAAGGCCGGUAUGCUUUCCUCAUGGAAUCGUCGAGCAUCGAGUACCAGACGGAACGUAACUGCAACCUGAUGGAAAUCGGCAACACGCUCGACUCCAAAGGGUACGGCAUAGCAAUGCCGAUGAAUUCCCCGUAUCGUACGCUGAUUAGCGAAUCGGUGUUGAGAUUGCAAGAAUCCGGAUUCAUGCGAGAGCUCAAAGACAAAUGGUGGAAAGUCCAAGGAGACAAUAAAUGCGAGGAAGAAGACGAAAGCGACGAACUCGGCUUUACGAAAAUCGGUGGCGUUUUUGUGGUUUUGGUUCUCGGAUGUUUAAUUGCGUUUAUGUUUUCCAUAUUGGAGUUUUUGUGGAACAUCCGGAAAGUGGCCAUCGAAGAAGAGAUAACACCGAAAGAAGCGUUGAUUUUAGAAUGGAAAUUCGCGAUGAAAUGUGACGGAGGAGUCAAGCCACUUAGGCGGCGGCAUCAUAUCGAUACCGGAACGAACUCUGACACAAGCUAA